AUGGCUGGGUGGAAGAAGUUGAGAGUUUUGGGAGAAGGUUCAUAUGGCACGGUGUAUCUUGUUCUUUUACGUUCUACACAAGAACAAAAUUCAAAACUCUCACUUUUAGCAUUGAAGACAAGCAAUUUAAUAAAGACAGAGGUAUUAUCUCAGAAGGAAGUGAUAGUCUACACUCACAUGCUUCUCAAGGGACUUUCUUACAUGCACGAAAAGGGGAUUACUAGCGAAGAGGCAAAUACUGAUUUAGGAGGGAUCAAGUUUAGAGGGACACCCUAUUACAUGUCACCGGAAUCAGUUAGAGGUUUUAAGGAAACACCUUUAGAUAUAUGGUCUCUGGGAUGCAUUGUUAUUGAGAUGAGCACUGGACUUCGAGAAUGGUGGAACAUUGAAUCCACAAACCAAUUAUUGUGCAAGCUUGCAUUUUCUGAAGAAGUACCAAAGAUACCAGAUAAACUUAGUUACGAUUGCAAGGAUUUUUUGAGAAAAUGUUUGAUGAAUGAUCCUCAACAAAGAUGGACAGCUAAAAUGCUUCUGAAUCAUCCUUUUAUUCAAAAGAAAUACUCAACAUCAUAA